AUGGCGGCAGGCGUCGCGUGCCGCUUCUGCCGCGAAGACCAGCUGGAUAUGGAAUGCUGCCGCGAGGGCCUUCUCCCACACUCCAACGGCCUCGGGGGCAUCCUCCCGGACCGCAUCAGCGCCCUCACUGACGACAUCCUCCUCAAGAUCCUCGCCUGCGCCGCCGCGCACACGGGCCUGCUCGCGCGCCGGAAUCCGAGUGAUUUGAUGGAGAAGGUAUCUCCUGAUGCCAGCGUCAGCAAUCCAGUUCCCGCAGAUACCGUGAAGGAGGUGGCGAGACAAGAAACGGUGAAAAAGAGUCCAAGCCCAAUGAAGGGAAAGAAAGUGGGGCUGAAGGUGGAAGCAGGGAAGCAAAGGUCUCCCUCUGUGCUGAAGGAAGUGAAGGCAACACCGCCCACUCCGCAACGGUUUCCAUCCCCAUCGCCAAACCGCAUUAAGAAUGUUAAACCUGGAGGGGUGGCCACAGCAGGAUCGCCACUCAAGAAGCCACUCAAGGUUUUCUCCGGAGAUGUAUCCAAGACCUUCGAGCAAGAGAUAUACCGAUUUCAAGUUACUGACUAUUCUGUUUUGGAGCUGGAUCUCAUACAACAAUGGCAUGUUUAUGGAGCAAUCGUCCUCCAUCUUCUUGGCCUUUGUACUUCUAUACAAAGGCUUAAGGUGACGCUAGAUGAAUUUAUCAGGGGAGACUCCUGCUAUGCAAAUUGCCAUUGUGAUCAGCCUGAUAAUUGGAGAAGUCAGAGUAUCUCCUUGAUUGAUCUUAAAGAAGUGGAAAUCCAGCGCUUCAGAGGACAAGACCAUGAAGUUGAUUUAUUGAAAGUACUCUUGAGAUGUGCUACCGAGCUUGAAAGGGUGACUCUGAGAUUUUCCAGAAAGGUCUCAUCAAGUGACAGUGUAUGCAUGAAAAUCGUUGGCAUUUUAGAGGAUUAUCCUUCCGUGAAGUGCAAUGUUUAUCAGUAUGGCAAGCUGAUUUUUAUGCAUGAAUAG